GGGAUUCUAAAAAAUGUGUCCUCAAAUGAAAAGAAUUUGGAUAAAGUUUUCACAGUAUGCAGUCAGCAACCUUCUAUCAACUUGUAAACUUCCGACCAAAGCUUCAAACUUUCCAAUCAAAAACUCCGACCCUUUUCUCCACCCGAAGAAUGGCUUCGGUUUCUGGGUUCAGAAGAAUGGCCUUGGACGGUUCUUCUUCAUCUUCAUCCACAGUAGCAAGUGAUGAUGGGUUUGUUACAUUGAUGGAGUAUAUGGGUAAGGGAGGAGGAAUUGGUGUGAAUGAUGAUUUAGUGGUGUUGAUUGAUCAUUUACAGUAUGCUUGUAAGAGAAUUGCAGCUCUUGUUGCUUCUCCUUUUAAUCAUAGUAUUGGGAAACAAACGAGUCUUGGUGAUUUUCCCAAUACUGGUUCAGAUAGGGAUGCUCCAAAGCCUCUUGAUAUUCUUUCUAAUGAAAUUAUCUUGUCAUCACUUCAAAAAUCUGGGAAAGUUGUUGUGAUGGCUUCUGAAGAAAAUGAUACACCAACUUGGAUAAGUGGUGAUGGUCCAUAUGUGGUGGUGACCGAUCCACUAGACGGUUCUCGAAAUAUCGAUGCAUCCAUUCCAACUGGUACAAUUUUCGGUAUUUAUAAGCGCCUGGAGGAGCUAGAAGACCUUCCUACAGAGGAGAAGGCUUUGCUGAAUUCACUCCAAAGUGGAAAUAGGCUGAUAGCUGCUGCUUAUGUUCUCUAUUCAUCUGCAACUAUUCUCUGCAUCACCUUUGGUUCUGGAACACACGCAUUCACUCUCGACCGUUCAACAGGAGACUUCAUCCUCACAAAUCCAAGCAUUAAAAUUCCUCCCCGCGGGCAAAUUUAUUCAGUGAAUGAUGCAAGGUAUUUUGAUUGGCCUGAAGGUUUAAGGCAAUAUAUAGAUACUGUGAGACAAGGAAAAGGUAGAUAUCCUAAGAAGUACUCUGCAAGGUAUAUAUGUUCUCUUGUGGCUGAUCUCCACAGGACUUUGUUGUAUGGAGGUGUUGCGAUGAAUCCGAGGGACCAUCUUCGUCUUGUUUAUGAAGCAAACCCUCUUAGUUUCAUUGUGGAGCAAGCUGGUGGAAGAGGGUCUGAUGGAAAAAGUAGGAUUCUUUCACUUCAACCAGUUAAACUGCACCAAAGACUUCCUCUCUUUUUAGGGAGUUUGGAAGACAUGGAAGAGUUGGAAAGUUAUGGAGAUAUACAUCAAAAAGUAAAUCCUGGUUAUGAGGUUUGAUGCUAUAGCAUUGAAAUUUUGAAUGUUCAAUCUUGACCAUGCUUCUUUACUUAUUUAUUUGUUGUUGUUCUUUCAUCUUUCAUCUCUGCUGUAUCUAUUGCCAAAUCCUUCAUUUGUGUUAAUAUCUUUCUUUCCCUUUGUUUUUCUUGGGAGAUGGUUCCUUGCUAACUCGUUAAUUAUGGGUUAAGAUUCCCUCUAUUUCUCAUCCAA